CACUUCCAGUGACGUUUAACACAAGUAAGGUGGUUUUAAAUUCGUAAGAUGGCUUGUAACGCGUUGUGUUCGCUCGAGUUAGGACAUGGAUUCAGCAACAAAAGGCGAUGAUAAAGACAGCACAGGUGUUUAUAAUUAUGACGACGCCGUCGAAUUAACAGGCCAUGGCCGCUACAACUACCUCGUCCUGUUCACGUGUUGCAUCAUCCACCACGCGGUGGCUUUGGACAUGUUCGGCUUCAGUAUGGUCCUCGCUGCUGCCACAUGUGACCUGAACCUUGGCAUCACGGAGACGGGGAUACUCGCUUCAGCACCGUUUGCAGGUGUUUUCUUCGCCUUUCCAUUCGGCUAUUACGCUGAUACCGGCGGCAGAAGAAGAGCACUGCUGCUGUCCACAACCGUCGGUUUUACCUUCGCAGCUCUCAGCAGCUUCUCUACCAACUGGCAGAUGAUGCUCGCCUUCAAAUUUAUUGGAUGCAGUUUUUCCACAGCCUCAUUUGCGUUAACCAUGGCAUACCUCGGAGAGUGUGUCGACAGCAAGCAUCGGAGUAGAUACCUUAUAAUCAUGGUCAGCAUGGACCUUGCCUGUGAGAUUGUGUCAAAUGGUAUCGCGUACUUUGUCUUACCGCUAACACUUCACUGGCCAAUACCCUGGCUUUUUAUAACGUAUCGUUCUUGGAGGUUAUACACCUUGAUAUUAGCUCUGCCUCUCGGAAUUGGUGCUUUACUCCUCCUAUGUGUAUUCGAGAGUCCGAAAUUCCUAGCUAAUAAAGGAGAAACUAAAGAAGCAUUGAGAUUAUUGCGAAGAAUUUAUGUCAUCAACGGUGGGAACGAGGACAAAUUUCCGGUGAAACAAAUUAAACAACCGGAAGAAAUUAACAGCGAAACUGACUCAAUUUGGUUGUCUUUAAAAAAACAAACUGUACCGUUAUUUAAACCUCCAUUGCUAUGGAGAACUUUACAAUUGUUUUAUCUAAUAAUUUUAUGUUCUACAACAAAUAACGUGUUCGCGAUGUGGUUUCCUACCAUGGUUAAUUUAUUUUUUAACUCUAUAUCUGACUCCUCUUCGAAGUCUGGUUUUUGUGAAGGCGUCGUACAGAACGUCACUACAGGGACACAUAUCGAUAACUUCGACUGUGAUGAUUUCGUAUCCUCCAAUACAAUCUAUUCUGGUAUCGUACUUGGACUUAUAAUAUCUUCUUUGAAUCUGGCUGUCUCUACCCUGGCUUCUUGGAGACGUUUGGUCUUAAUCGGCAGUUAUAUAGUGUCAGGGAUCAGCUGUGUGUUAGUUAGUUUGCUAUCAUAUCCUAUAGCUAAUAUAACAUUCUUCAUAUUGAUUCAAACGUCCGCUGUUGGUGUUGGAAGUGUUGCAUCAUUCUUCGUGGAUUUAUAUCCUACUUCUUACAGAGGCCUGGUGACGAGUCUCGGUAUGAUGAUGACUCGGCUGGCUUCCUUCGCAGGUGUGAACGUCCUAGGCGUGGUAUUCGUUGAACACUGCAACUUGAUCUUCUAUUGUUGGUCUCUUUUCAUUUUAAGUGGCGUAGCGGUAGCUCUAUUCUUGCCAUCUGAUAGAAGAAAAUGAUAUAAAAUAAAUAUUUUAAAACAGAAAA